ACUUGUAGCCAUAUCUCCACGAAGACCUUGUUCGUCCUCGCCCUCCUAGCCCUAGUGGUGACCAGCGCUGUUGCGCAGUCGGAUACGACCUGCAGCCAGGAAUAUGGUGAGCAAUCGGAGCAAUGCGAGCAGCAACAACAGCAACAGUGGCAGAAGCAGAUGACGCCGUGUAUGAAGUUCCUACAGCAGCAAUGUAGCCUGGUGACACUGCCGUUAGUCCAGUGGCGGAUGUGGCAGCUGAGCAACUGCCAUGCGAUGCAGCAGCAGUGCUGCAAGCAGCUGGUCCAGAUCCCUGAGCAGUCCCGGUGCGAGGCUAUCCAGAGCAUGGCACAAGCCAUCAUGCAGCCGCAAGAUCAGCCGGAGAUCAUAAGGAUGGCGCUUCAGACCCUGCCAUCGAUGUGCAGCGUGCACGUCCCGGAGUACUGCACCGCCAUUCCCCGUUUUGACUACUAUGAUUACGACUCUUAAGAGAAGAUCUGUGUUGUGCUAGCCAGAUGGAUCAGCA